AUGCCAUGGAUGCCGUCAUCUCCCUUCAUGCUACAAACUGAAACCGGCCUACAUUCCUACUCAAUGAUAUGGAUGCAUACGCUGCCUUUAAAUAACCGCCUGUGCAACUUAGAGCUCUCCAGUCGCUCAGAACUCUGUGAUUUCGAUCCCGAUCACUUCGUACCGAACUGUGAGGGAAUCAGCUUAUAUCAGGCGGCCAUCGAUCAACUGCCCAAUAUCAAAGAUGGCAUUAGCGGGAAAAGGAGGGAUUACGUCGGGGACGAAGAAGAUGAGGAAGAGUUUAUUGAGUGUCAUUGGCCCCCCUGUUGUCACUUGCGCUUCGGCGGUGACGGGUUUGUGAAGUGCAAACGCUGUGGGUGCACAUACUACUGUGGUCUCAAAUGUCGGCAGUUGGAUUGGGUGAAUCAUAAGAAGCACUGCCGGCGAUGGAAGAAGCGCAAGCUCAUAGAGCACGAGAGGCAUGUGGAGAGGUGA